AUGGGUGUUCGUGGUUUAAAUACAUAUAUUGCAGAUCGUUCAACUCUGUAUUUAAAACCAUAUGAACUUUGUGAUACUUAUUUAAUUAUUGAUGGAAAGUGUAUUGCUUAUCAAUUAUAUCUUUCUUACUGUAAUAACUAUGGUAUAUUCGGUGGAGAUUAUGACGAAUACUACAAAGUUGUUAAAAAAUUUUUUUCCAAGUUAUUACAAUGCAAUGUAACUCCUUUUGUAUUACUCGAUGGUGGUCACGAAGAAAAAAAAUUAAAAACGAUUUACAAUAGAGGAAAGGAAAAAGUAUUAGGUUUAAAACUUAUUAGCAACGGUUUUUAUUCAAAUAAAUUCACUCCAAUUUUUUUAAGUUCGACAUUUGUUAGCGUACUCAAUGAUUUAAAUAUAUUAUGUAUGAGAUGUGAUUAUGAAGCUGAUGGAGAAAUUGCCACAAUUGCCAAAGCUUUAAAUUGUCCUGUUUUAAGUUUUGAUUCUGAUUUUUUUAUAUACGAUGUUGUAUAUAUUCCAUUUUCAACUGUUAAUAUAACUCCUGUGGAAAAAAAAUCAUCAGAAAAGGAAAAAAUUAAAUAUUACAUGCAAUGUUCAGUGUUUGAAGUAACAAAUUUUUUAAAUGCACACGAUGGAUUCGACAAAUCAUUACUCCCCAUUCUUGUUACUCUUUUAGGAAAUGAUUAUGUUGACAGUUCAAUAUUUCAUAAAUUUUUCGAUCAUGUUAUUAUGGGUAAAAAUAAAAAUGCUUCUUUUACUCAAAGAAAAAUACAAGGAGUUAUCAAUUGGUUGAAAAAAGAAAAUUUUGAAACUGCAAAAGCUGGGAUUUUAAAACACUUGAGAAAAAUUGAUGCUCCAAAAGUUUUAAGAGCCAUAAAUCAAAGUAUAAGUGAUUAUGAUAGUGCUUUUCUUUCUUCGCCUGUAUACACACAGGUUUCUCAAAUACUAGAAAUUAAAAAAAUAGAUGGGUCUUUUCUUAAAGAAAAAAAAUCCAAUAUUAAUUUACCAAUACCUUUAUCGAAUUCUUAUUCUAAAGCCCAUAUACCUUCAUUUGUAAUGGACCUUAUAACCCUGGGAUCUUAUUAUACACAUUUUCAAAUUGAAGAUAUUAGGUCUUCAUCAUCUCAUUUUGUUUCAUUAGAUCUAAUACAAGCCAUAUCAGUUAUUUUACAUAAAUAUUCUGUGAAAAAAUCAAAUAAGUUUAAAUUGUAUGCUUGUUUUAAAGGAAUGUACUGUCCUAUUUUAGUGGAAAAUAUUUUUACAGAGUUUUUAAGUAAUAUAAAUUUGGAUGAAGUUUUAAUAUUGCCCAAAAGUAGUAGAGCUGAAUUACUAUAUAAAAUUGUAGAUUUUGAUGAAGAUGAUAUUAUUACAGUUGAAAGUUUUCCUAGUGAUUGGUCAAUUUUUUUAAUUUCUUAUGUAUAUUGGAUAAAAUCAAUGGAUUUAUCAAUAACUCAAGCUCAUAUUUAUUCUUUAUUUUUUAUGGCAGUGGCAAAUAAAGUUGUACAGAAAAGAACAGGUUAUUAUGAAAAUAGUUCAGCAUUUAUGAAAAGUAAUAAAAACUUUUUAAAUGAAAACAAUGGUACUACUAUCAAAGUUAAUAAUGAUUUAAAAAGUUUUACUGAAAUGGUGAACAGUCUUAAAAAAUAUGAAUGUUUACUUUUUCAAAAAUUACUUAUUCCUUUAAGGAAUGACGACAAAAAUAAUUACAAAUAA